AGUUGAGUCUGCGCAGUAGAAAACGCAAACGUCAUACCGGAUUCGUGUGAUUCACUUCAGUGAGAAGAACGCUAAUCUAAUAUCUCGGUUUAAAGAAAAAAUCUGCGAUCAUCCAUUUGUCGGUACACUUUAUUCCUUGCCGUUUGCAGUUCUUUUUUUUCUACGUAUAUCUUUUGAGUAUCGUAUGUCCAUCCAGAACCUCCAAACAUUUGACCCCUUUGCUGACGCAAACAAGGGUGCAGACGACGAUGUGCAAGACGGACUCGUUCAUAUAAGAAUUCAACAGCGAAAUGGUCGCAAGACUUUAACUACUGUUCAGGGCCUUUCGUCGGAUUAUGACUUGAAAAAAAUUGUUCGAGCAUGUAAAAAGGAAUUUGCCUGCAAUGGAACAGUGAUAGAGCAUCCCGAAUACGGUGAAGUGUUACAACUGCAGGGCGAUCAACGUGAAAACAUUUGCCAGUGGCUGACAAAGGCAGGCCUGGCUAAGCCAGACCAGUUAAAGGUUCACGGCUUCUAAUGUUCCACUACUAUUAUAAAACUUGAUUCACCUCGACACUUUUAGUUGCUACCAAUCACAACUCGAAAUCUUAGUUGUAGUAAAAUGCGCCCAUUAUUAUCCAGUUAAUAUGUAUCUGGGGGCAUACGAUAUCUUUAGAGAAAUUUUCUGUAUACACCAUGUUUGCAACGUUUUGUUAUUAAUAUUUAUGAACUAGACGCAUUGUGUGAAUUUAUUAAAUUUUUAUAUAGUGUCGUCAUCGUUUGUUUAAUAAUGCAGGACUGCAAUGUUAAGCGAACCUCUUCAUGUAAUUGUGCCUUUCCAUAUUUUCAGUUUCAGGUUAUUUACUUUUUUGUUCAUGUUGACCGUAUUUAGUUACUCCGGACUCCAAUAAAUAGCUAAUUAAUG